GCGACCGCAGAUUUUUGACAGUUACUGUAGGAAAAGAUGCAGCGCUUCAACUGCAGCUCGACCUGAAUGACAACAGCUUCAAGUCGAAUAACUCGAGCAGCCUUUUGUUUUAUUUUUUAUCUUUUUUCCUACCAGUCAUUGUCAGGCUGCAUACCUUCAGAUUUUAAUACUGCGCAAAGCCGAGUCUUGUUUCAUUUAAAGCUGAGCUAACAUUAACGAUGACAGAAAUGAACAACAUGCCGGACGGUGACACGGCGGGUAAGGAUGCGGUGCCGGCGGAGGAGAGGCGGCCGGAGAAGGAGGAGGAGGAGGAGGAGAGGAAAGAGAACGGGGACAGCAAAGUGAGUCCCCCGGAGAAACCCACGGCUCCUGCUGCCGCUGCACCGGAGGAGGUCGAGUUCGUGCACCCUGAAGGCGGCUGGGGGUGGGUGGUGAUGCUGGCUGCCAUGUGGUGCAAUGGCUCGGUGUUUGGGAUCCAGAACGCCUUCGGUAUACUCUUCUUGUCCCUCCUGCGGGAGUUUGGCUCCGAGAAAGAUCAAGACCUCCGCUUCAGGACAGCUUGGGUGGGCUCCCUCUCCAUGGGGAUGAUCUUCUUCUGCUCCCCCAUCGUCAGCGUCUUCACAGACGUCCUCGGCUGCAGAGUUACAGCAGUGGGUGGCGCUGCUGUCGGUCUGGUCGGCCUACUCGCCAGCUCCUUUGUCACGUCCCUGGGCCCCAUGUAUUUCACCUAUGGUUUUGUGUUUGCCUGCGGCUGCUCUUUCGCCUACCAGCCCAGCCUGGUCAUCCUGGGCCAUUAUUUCAAGAAGCGCCUGGGCCUGGUGAACGGCAUCGUGACAGCGGGCAGCAGCAUCUUCACCAUCACCCUCCCUUUCAUUCUGUCACGCCUGCUGGAGGAGGUGGGCCUCCAGAAUACCAUGCGUGUCCUCUGCAUCCUCAUGUUUGUGCUGCUGCUGGCUGGCUUCACCUACAAGCCCCUGCUGCCCGUUAAACCCUCCCAAACCCGCACCAGCCGGUUUCCACCCAUGAGCCAGAUCUUCAACAUCAACAUCUGGAAGUCUUUGGGAUAUCGCAUCUGGGCUUUCGGUAUCCCUGCAGCCCUUUAUGGCUACUACGUGCCGUAUGUUCAUCUGAUGAAACAUGUGGAGGAGCGUUUCGGGGAAGACACCAGUAAAGAAGUUCUGCUCAUGUGCAUCGGCAUCACAUCGUGUGUGGGCCGCCUCAUCUUCGGCAUUGUGGCAGACUACGUUCACGGGGUCAACAAAGUUUACCUGCAGGUCUCCUCCUUCUUUGUCAUCGGCCUCAUGUCCAUGAUGAUCCCUCUGUGCAACAUCUUCGGUGGUCUGAUCGCCGUGUGCCUGCUGAUGGGGCUGUUCGACGGCUGCUUCAUCUGCAUCAUGGCCCCCAUCGCCUUCGAGCUGGUCGGGGCAAACAACGUGUCCCAGGCCAUCGGCUUCCUGCUGGGCCUGAUGUCUGUGCCCAUGACUGCUGGGCCUCCCAUCGCAGGCUUCCUGAGGGACAGACUGGGCAGCUACGACGUGGCCUUCUACCUAGCAGGCAUCCCCCCACUCAUCGGAGGCGCCGUGCUGUGUCUGAUACCCUGGGUGGAGGCCAGGCGCAGACGGCAGGAGAUGGAGGCGGCGGCUCUGAGCAAGGACCAAGGCGUCACCGAGAAGAUGAUGGAGAACGAGAAAGCUCAGGGAGACGCGGCGCCGUGCAAAACAGGAGAGUCCGUCCUCUAAGUGUCCCGCUGAACAGACUGAAAGAGAGACACGGGAGGUCAGAGACUUCUGAGGACUGAGGUUCAGUUUGUGUGUUAUUUUUUUGAAGAUUGUAACGGCGGCCCUUCAGUAGAAGCACGCCUGAAUAUGCCAAAGUGAUGAAACAUAUCAGACAGAUUCGUAGGUUGAACUUUAACAUGAAUGUGAUGGAGAAGAACUAUGCAUUCAGUUGUUUUAAUCCAAAUGAAUUGAUAGUGCAGCAGCCGAACUUGAAGUUAAAAUGGAAAGAGUGGAAUCUGCACAUUUUAACACAAGGGAAAGAAGGCGUGCUGUGCUUGGUAUUAAUGCAACACUUUCAGAUUGCACUCUUAAGGUAGACUAUCAUUCUCUGUUAUCCAUUUUGAAAGGCUUAAAUGUAGACAUAUAAAGACCACAUCCAAUUACACCAAAGGUGAGCUGCUGCUGGUUCAAUCAAUAUCUCUGUUUCUUGUCAUUGUGAAGAUUUUCUUUUGAAAGCUGCCGUCUGUGAUGUGUCCCCUCAGACGGGCCCCUCCUCUUAACACGGCCUUGAUUUGUUCCAAAUGUUGUAAAUAUCGAGGGUGAUGCAAAGGGACGUAUUGUACGUGUGACGUCAGAGAGGCGCUCUGAGGGAUCCUUUUAAGUGUUGUGAAUCGUCCGAGCUGUGAACGUGCUCGGACACCUCAAGGGAAGCAGCUUUUAGCACAAACAUUUGACAUCUCAAGACCAGCAGCUCUGGAUCUGAACAAUCUGAGCUCAACCUGAGCGGCUCCAAUACCAGCGAGCUCCAGGUUCACUCUGGUCCUCGUGUGAUCGUUAACUUGAGAAUCGUUUGUUAGACUUAAGCAGAGUAUAAACUGGAAUGAUAGGGACCUGAAGGAGACAGCUGCUUUAUUACAGAACCCCUGUCAUUUUUAAGGGGUCUCAUAUACAUUCACAUUUAAGGUCUUUAUGAUUUAAGUUUAUAUUUUGCUUGCAUUGUGCACAUUCCUUUAUUUACACAGGGAGUCAAUCGAGUGUGUGUUUGUCUCUGCAGGGUUAAAGCUGCUCUGACUCAUCAAAUCCUGCUCCUGUCAAACCUCAGCAGUGUUUAAUAUUUGUAUCUUUAAAGGACAAGUUCCACUUUUUCAGAGCUUAUUUGCAUCGUGCCAAAACUUAGAUAAAUAACAUCCGGGUCUUAAAUCUGUGUGUUUAAAAACAAAGCCACAGCUAUUAUCUUAGUUAGCGUAUCACUCAUAUUGCUAAAGUAGAGGCGAUAUAUAAGCCUAUCACAGAUAUAUUCAAGCGUAUGUGCAUAUGUUGUGCCAAUAUAGAAAAUGUUGUUUGGGGUCUCACGGCAUAACUCGUCCAGUUGAGUGCAGACAAAGUCCAGUGUUUAAAGGUCACAUAUUCUCCUCCUCUUCUUCAGUUUAAAUAAGUCUCAGAGCUCCUCAAAACACGUGUGAAGUUUCUUGUUCUAAAUCCACUCUGAUCCUGUAUUUGAUCAUGUCUAUAAACCCCUCUAUUUCAGCCCUGCUCAGAACAGGCUGUUUCUGUGUCUGUACCUUUAAAUAUGUAAAUGAGCUGUGUCUGACCACGCCCCCUCUCUGGAAGGGCUUGGGUGUCUCAUGUUUCAUGCUCAAUGUCCUAUUGUUUACAGUGAGAAGGCAGACUCAGAGGGCAGAACAAACACCUAGCUGUGGGAGUGUCACCCACCUGGGGGAGGGGCUACUGCCCUUUGUGAUGUCAUGAAGGGAAAAUCUCCAAACAGCCUGUUUGAGCACACAUUUUCUGAAAAGUGGAGCAGGAAAAAGACGGAGAGGAUGGACUUUUCUCAUUGUUGGGGGGUUUGUAGACAGACUAGAGACACAAAUUAGUGUUAGAGGAACAUGGAGAAGUGUAUUUUAAAUAACAUGUGACCUUUAAAAUCAGGCAGCACACACUAAACUCAAAUCUAAGCAAGUGUACUUAUCUCAUUUCUAGUCAACAAUAUCUCAUUAGAGUUAAUAUAAGCCACACUAACCUGACAAGUCCAGAUAAAAAAUCUUAUAGUAAGAUAUUAGAAGCCAAAAAUAAGUCCUGCUCUGAUUGUCAUAACUGAAAAAUAAAAUCAGCCAAUGUGGCGAGCUCACUUUGCGUGUUGAGGCUCAAGAAGUGAGUCAAUAUAUCUCAUUAGACACUUUUUAAAAAACUUAUUACAAACAAUUCAGGCUUUGAUUUUUUUGUGUGUGUCUUUAUUUUAGAGACAGGAACCACACUAACCACCAGGCUACCGGUGCCCUCAGGCUUCAUUCUUUAUAUCUUGGAAUAAGAAGUGUAUCUGGACUGUCAGGUGAAUGUGGUGUAAACAGAAGUGUGCUGUUAUUAGAUAAUAAACUUUCAGUGCAGAAUCAUAGAAACUCUCACGAUGUCAAACCUUCAGUGGCGUUUUAAAAGGACGACCGAUAUAACCGAGGUCAUUGAGAAAGCUAACAGUAUCCUAGCAUACAAAAAAAGAAAACAUAAGAAUAUCUAAUUAUCAUUAUAGGAAGUUUUUACAGUGUAAUCUGGACACUAGCUCAGGAUGUUGAUUAAUCACAUUUAAACUUUGUGUUGAAGCCUGCUCGUUGACCACAGUGUCGACAUGAAGCAGUGUUUUUAAAAGGAGCAGAGCAGAAGUGGGAGAGUGUGUUUGGAGUCACUCUCUGCUCGUUGAAUCUGCUCCUGUAUUUUCUGCAAGUGUCAUCAAACCUGCGUUUACUCACCUGGACUGAAACCUGUGACGCCUCCUUGUUUAUCAAAGAACGUGAAGCUUGACUUGCUCAGACUCAUCAAACAUUACAAACACAGAGCAGCUGCUUGGAUGACCUUUGAAAAGGACCAAAAUAACAGAAUACCAGUGCAUACGUACUCAUCGAUAUACGACUAUAUAGACACUGAGCGACAGUCUCUUAUCCUCUCUUGUAAUCAGAGUACAUGACUUUGACCAAUCAUUGACAAUCAGUCCAGUGCUGUCAGGGUUGAUUAUUAAACUCUGCACCCUGAGUUCAUGUUUUCAUAUUGUAUUUAUUUUGUAGUGUUUUAAGUGUCGUGCUGUAAUUGAACGAAUGAUUUCAUUAAGACCAAAAAAAACCAAAAUGUACUGAAAUGAAAAAAUGGCUGAAAGUGUCUUCAUGCUGUUUUUAGUCUGCUGCCACACGCCUCCUCUGAACCUCACAGGAAGUGUCGUCCCAACAUGUCUGGAGGUGAGUUUGCUCAGAGAAACAAUUGAGUGUCCACGACAUUUCCUCUGCAGACGUGUGACACUCUACCUCAGAUGAGCUUAACCCCCCCCCCCCAUCUGGAGCGUCACAGCGCCCAUGUUCCCCCAUGUGAGGAAGUCAAAUAAAACACAAAUAAACUGACAAGUCUUACACAGUGAUCGAGCUCUGCUCCUCAAUAAUUCACCACAAAUGCCUUAAUUCAACUGUGACAAUCGUCAGCAGCGUUUACAUCCUCCUCCUCUCCUAAUAUGAAUAUUCUAGUGAUGAAAUCCCAGCCGCUGCCUAUGCAUACCUUCUUUGUUUGUAAUUGCAUGACUGUUUAGUUUUUCUUUUCACCAAUGAGAGUCUGGAGUAAUGUCUGGACAAAGACAUUACUUCAUUUGUACCUCUGAACUUUGAUUGUAAACCUCUCUGCUAUACGAGCAUUAAAAUGUCAUAUCUAAUCAUUUCCUCUUUUUUUUUAACUAAUGUAAUUCUCUUACUGCCAUGUAAACGCUUCUUUACGAUGACCUGUGACAUCCAAAGAGACAUUUAGAGGAAAAAAAAGCCAAACGUAUCGCAUGACUUGUUUUCGUUUAGAGACGACUUUAAGGCAAAGAGUCUGAACUUCUGUCUUAAAGCGAACAGGACGCCUCCAUUUCAAAUCUGCUUUAUUGUUAAUUUGCUCUUAUUCUUUGGCCUCAUUUUUAAAAUCUAUGUAUUCAAAUGUUUGCAUUUGUUUUGUGUUUGCUGCAAGUUCAGAUGAAGAUUUAUUUCUGUAAAGCUUUGCUAUAAGAAAAACGUCUUUCUUACUGACUUUAAAUCCACUUUUAUGUUGCAUAAAUUGUGUCCUGCUUUCUGUUCA